UAUACUUCGUCACAUUUUGCGCGGUCACGGGAAAGUCGGGAAGUGAUCAUAGGACUCAAUAGCAGGUUUAAAACCUCGUGACUACGUGUAGUUCAUUCACUGUUUUGUUUUUUUGCAGGAAGACAACAGCUUUAGAAAACUUUGAAGUAUGAAGGUCUUAGUUUUGUUGUUAUUUGCCGUAUACUCUGUUACUUCUUUAUAUCCGUUUUCUGAAGAGAGUAAGUUGCAAUUGCAUUUGUUUUAGGCUAUGUUGAUUCGAAAUGAUAACCAAAUUUGCGCUUUCACUUUCAAAUUAAUCAUUUCGAUUGUUUUAUCAACAUCACAUUUGUGAUCAGAACGACUGAUAGAAGAAUGGCUUUUAGCCUAUUGAUCUUUACAAUCUCAAAUCAAAUGUUCAUUGUCUGUUUUCUUUACAGACGAAUAUCACUUUAAGUUAUGGAUGUCACAGGUAAGUUCGAUUUGGCUCGAAACCAGGUACUUUCCUACAAUACAAGGAAGUGUUUUCAGUUUUUUCUUCUUCAUAUCUGUCUGCAAAAAGUAUUAAUUUAAAAUUAUAAAUAUUGCAGAAUAUUGUCAUCAUACUACUAAGCCCUAUAGAUAGAAUACAUUUUAUUUUCAACUGCAAUAGUCUGUAUGGAAUUACUGAUAAACUAGGCUACUAGACAGAUAUCGAGUGUCUUAUCUAAUGCAAAUUGAAAUGCACUGUAUCUACAUAAAAAAAGAGUAAAAUCACAAUGACCUGAAUUUUGAGGUGUUACUGUGUCACCCAUGCAGUACAACAAGGUGUAUGACAUUGAGGAGUUCUACCACAGACUUCAGAUCUUCAGUGAGAACAAGAGGAGGAUUGACCAUCACAAUGAAGGAAAUCACAAGUUCACAAGUAUGAAAAAUUGCAUUAUGCUUGGGUUUCUUCAGAUGUUAGAAGUGUCCAUAUCCUUUGAGUAUGAUCAGUGGAGGCUGCUGAUGGGAGGACAGCUCAUAAUAAUAGCUAGAACGGUGCGAAUGGAAUGGCAUCAAACACAUGGAAGCCAUUACCCCGAGCCCAUUCUCCCCAAUUAAGGUGCCACCAACCUCCUGUGUAGCAUAUUAAUUCAGUCUUCUUCUGACAUUUGACCUCUUUACCUAGUGGGACUGAAUCAGUUCUCUGACCUGACGUUUGCUGAAUUCAGAAAAUCUUUUCUCUUGACUGAGCCCCAGGUAUUUAUGUUCCUGUUAUGUAUACUUCUCAUGAUUUUUACUUGAAAAACACAUUUUAAUUGACUGUUUUUCAUAGAACUGUUCUGCCACUAAAGGGAGUCAUGUGAGCAGCAAUGGACCAUAUCCAGAUUCGGUCGACUGGAGAAAGAAGGGGCACUAUGUCACAGACGUGAAGAACCAGGUAUCCUUAGACAUACAGUAUAGGAUGCAUUUUCUAAGGAUAAAAAUCAUGCAUUAUCUGGCAAGGUAAAGAUGCUUACGUGGAAGACUACUGUAUGUGCUGAAGGUAGAUGUUGAUUUGUGGUGUUCAGGGGCCCUGUGGUAGCUGCUGGACCUUUUCCACUACAGGCUGUUUGGAGUCAGUCACAGCAAUCGCAACAGGGAAACUCCUACAACUGGUGAGAUACUUUCUUAUCUACUUCUCUAUUCUAAAAAAUGAAGUGGGAAGGAAAGCUAGCCUCCUUUUGCUGAGGCAAUUCAAUACAAUUUUUACAAUUGUGUUUAAGGCUAGUAGUUGCAAUACAUUUUGGAAUUAAUUGAAAUUCUUGUCCUAUCUCUGAUCUUGAAUAAUGAAAGUAUAUUUUAUCCAACUGCUGCUGCCUUUAUAUUGUUCAGUCAGAGCAGCAACUAGUGGACUGUGCUCAGGCCUUCAACAACCACGGCUGUAAGGGGUGAGCGUCACCACUGGACAACACAUUUCCUUGUAUUAUAUAUUCACACAAUUUCUUGGUCUUACUGGACACUUAAAAUCUUACUGAGGCUCUGAAUUUUUUUUAUUUUAGCGGUCUCCCCAGUCAAGCAUUUGAGUACAUCAAGUAUAACAAGGGACUCAUGACAGAGGAUGACUAUCCAUACACUGCACAUGUAUGUAAACAGCAAUGCCAUCUUUAUAACUACAGCACUAGCACUUCAAACGGUGACAAUAUAUUAACAUAAUUUAUGUUGGAAUCAUUUUGAAGGAUGACACUUGCAAGUUCAAGACUGAUUUGGCUGCUGCUUUUGUUAAGGAAGUGGUCAACAUAACAAGGGUAAGUAAAUGCAAAUUGCUCUGGAUUAUUUGGUGCAUUGACUACCCAGGCAGUCAGUUUAUUGUGUAUUUAUUCCAUUGCAGUAUGAUGAAAUGGGUAUGCUGGAUGCAGUGGCCAGAUACAACCCUGUCAGCCUUGCCUAUGAGGUGACCUCUGAUUUCAUGCAUUACGAUGGUGGUGUGUACACCAGGUGAGAAUGAGUCUCUGCUAUGUUGUUAAACCUAGAAUAAGGAUCAUAUCUGUGCCUUAAGAGCUAUGUUGCAUAUUUUCCAAUUCGCACAGUCAAAAACAGGACUCACAGCUGUAGCCUACCUACCAUACAACCAGAAGAAACCAGUCUUCCUCAUGUACCAGCAUCAGAAAGCAAUACAAAUAGAUAUGUAGAUUUUGCAUGACUUCUUCUUUCUAUAUAAUAUAAACUAUGGCCUUGUAUUCUCCCUCUCCACUUCUCUUAUUGUAGCAUGGAGUGCCACAACACCACAGACACAGUGAAUCAUGCAGUGCUGGCUGUGGGGUAUGGUGAGGAGAAGGGCACACCCUACUGGAUAGUGAAGAACUCCUGGGGAAGCAGCUGGGGAAUGAAAGGGUAAGACUUCAAUGACAAAAGUAGGAUGACAUUGUGAACAGUAUUGGCACAAUGUUAUGUAACAGAACAGUGUUAUGAUGCAGUACUUUGUGCUGUUUUCACAGAUAUUUCUUCAUUGAGCGUGGGAAAAACAUGUGUGGACUGGCCGCCUGCUCAUCUUAUCCCCUUCCUGUGCUGUGAACAUUGAAUUCUGCGCGCCAUGGGGGCAAGAGUACUGGAAAAAGGGACAUGGAGCCAAAUAUUUCAUUAUCAGUUAAAAUGUUAUAUCAAUGAUAUGGUUUGAUUUGUAUCUGUUUGCUCACCACCUCAGGGAGUCUGAUUAUAUACUGGGAGAAACACUCCCCACUGCACAUCUACUGUUUUUAAUCAGGAUUUGGUUGAUUUGAUUAUUGUGCUGACAUGAAGAUUGUUAUGAUUUUAAUAUUGAAAAUAGUUUUUUAAAACUGAUUUCAUGUUUGUGAAUAAAGGUUUUCUCGA